AUGGGUCUCUUCGACUGGUUCAGGUCUUCCAAGCAGGAGGAUUCUUCUACCCAACAGUCCUCAUGGGAUCCUAACACCAUGACCAUGAAUAAACCCUCCAGUCCUUCGGCCCAUAAAGCUGAGCGUGUCGUGAUUCAGCAGCCGAACUCACAGAAAAACAUGCAGACAAAUCUGCGCGGUGGUGCCGGUGCUGGGGAUAUUUGCUGCGGAGUUUGUACUGGGCUUCUGUGUUUUGAAUGCUGUGAAGACUGCUGCUAG